CCAUGAUGAUGAUGAAUUGUCAUCGUCGACGUCCAAACAGCCAGGGUUUCACCUACAUGGCCACGCCGUUCAAGCAACACCAAGGGAAACAUGUCACUGCUGUUACCCCGGAUUUUCUUUUUCGCCGCACCCGGGAUGCUUCCGACUUCGCAAUACUCGCACUCGGACUUAAUACAGCUUAUUUAUACUUUCACCGUCGCCUAGUUCCUCUCCAACGCUGUAUCUCAUCAAUUGACUUUUUUUCUGUUGUUCUAUUGCAUCAUCUUCUCCCCGCCAUAAGAAAUACACCCCACCUCUCCAAAUCACCCCUCAUCCACCAUAUAUCUGCUGCGCCCACCGCUCCAUCCUCCCAACAGCCAUUGCCGGCCACAAUGAGCUCCAUAACUGGCACAAACAUUCCCGAUCCCACAGCCGACCUCCUGUGGUCUGAUUUCAAAGGUCCUAUCCACGAAAUCUUCGCCGCAAAUGCCCGCAAACACCCCCAAAGACCAUGCGUCGUCGAAACCGCAACCAGCCAAACCCCGGAGCGCAAAUUCACUUACAAGCAGAUAUUCGAGGCCACAUCCAUUCUAUCCCAUCACCUAGUGCAGAAUGGCAUACAACGGGGUGAAGUCGUCAUGAUCUUCGCCCACCGUGGCGUCGAUUUGGUCGUCGCCAUCAUGGCCGUACUGGCUGCUGGUGCCACCUUCUCCGUUCUGGAUCCACUCUACCCCCCAGAUCGCCAAUGCAUCUACCUCGAAGUUUCGCAACCCCGCGCCCUCGUCAUCAUUGACAAAGCCACCCGCGAAGCAGGCUCGCUCUCCGACACAGUGCGCAAUUAUAUUGCCGAGAACCUACAAUUGAGAACAGAGGUACCCGCGCUUCAGCUGAGAGACGACGGUACACUACUCGGAGGCGGCAAGGAUGGCAAGGAUUGUCUGGACGAUCAACAAAGCGCCAAAGUUGAGCUCCCAGGCGUUCUGGUAGGCCCAGAUUCGACGCCCACAUUAUCCUUCACUUCUGGCUCCGAAGGAAAGCCAAAGGGUGUCAAAGGACGCCAUUUUUCUUUGACUCACUACUUUCCCUGGAUGGCCGAGACAUUUGGUUUGUCGGAGAACGACAAGUUCACCAUGUUGUCCGGAAUCGCCCACGACCCCAUCCAGCGCGACAUCUUCACUCCCCUGUUUUUGGGCGCGCAAUUGCUGGUCCCAAGCAAAGAAGAUAUCCAACACGAGAAAUUGGCCGAGUGGAUGCGCAGAUACGGUGCGACAGUGACCCAUCUCACUCCUGCCAUGGGUCAGAUUCUCGUCGGAGGCGCAUCGGCCAUUUUCCCCACCUUGCAUCACUCUUUCUUCGUGGGCGAUCUCCUAAUCAAGAGAGAUUGCAGGAGGCUACAGGAUCUUGCGCCAAAUGUUCGCAUUGUCAACAUGUACGGUACGACAGAAACCCAACGGGCCGUCAGCUACUACGAAGUGAAGAGCCGCAACGAGGCCCCUGAUUUUCUCGAUUCGCUCGGCGAAGUCAUCCCUGCAGGACGAGGAAUGAAAAAUGUGCAGCUGCUUGUCGUUGACCGGGAGGACCGGAACAAGAUCUGUGAACCAGGUCAGAGUGGAGAAAUCUACGUCCGCGCUGGUGGACUUGCCGAGGAAUACUUAGGUCUUCCAGAACUGACAGCUACCAAAUUCGUCGAGAAUUGGUUCGUCGAUCCAAAGAAGUGGGCUGAAGAGGAUGCCAAAAAUGUCGAGGCGCAAGGUGCAGCUGAACCCUGGCGAGACUUUUAUAAAGGCCCUCGGGAUAGGCUCUACAGAUCUGGAGACCUUGGCCAUUAUGGCCCGGAUGGCAACGUACACUGCACAGGGCGAGUUGACAAUCAAGUCAAGAUCCGAGGUUUCCGUAUCGAGCUGGGAGAGAUCGACUCGCAUCUCGCUGCACACCCUCUGGUCCGUGAAAAUGUCACGUUGCUCAGGCGUGACGCUUAUGAGGAACCAGUUCUCGUCAGUUACAUCGUUCCCGAAAUGAAGCGUUGGUUCCAGUGGCUUGAGGAGCGCGGUGCUACUGAAAGCUUAACAGACGACACAAGCAUGGUAGCCAUGCUCAAGCGUUUCAAGUACCUUCGAGACGACGUGCGCGAGCACCUCAAGAAAAAACUUCCUGCUUAUGCUGUUCCUUCGGUCAUAGUUCCUCUAGUCCGAUUCCCGUUGAACCCCAAUGGCAAGAUUGACAGACCUGCACUUCCCUUCCCAGAGCCCCAGCAACUUGCGGCAGCCGGUGCUCGUAGACCUUCUCAACUUGGCAAGUCUCUUACGCCGACGGAAAAGACCAUGGCUGGAAUCUGGGCUGAGCUUCUCGGCGACCGCGGUGUCACUGCUGAGAGCCUCAGUGGGAGCGACUCUUUCUUUGACCUUGGUGGACACAGUAUCAUCGCUCAGCAGUUACUGUUUAAGAUUCGUCAGCAGUGGAAGGACAUUGACGUACCUAUGAGCACCAUCUUCCAGUACCCAACACUACGUGGCUUUUCGUCUAGCAUUGACCAAGCGCAGGACCCGAUCGGUCUGCGUCUAGAUAACGCGGAAGCUAUCGAUGAUGAUCCAGAAGACGAAGAUUAUUCUGCCGACGCCCGAGAUUUGGCAAAGCAGUUGUCCGAGUUCAAGACUAAGGACCCAUUACAGCCUGGGCAAGAGAUACACACGUUCCUCACAGGCGCCACAGGCUUCCUAGGAGCCUAUCUACUACGAGAUCUUCUCUCGCGCCCUGGAAAGGUUACUCUCGUGGUGCGGGCCGCUGAUCCAGAGGCAGCACUGGGCCGCAUUCAGCAGACAUGCCAAGCAUAUGGUAUCUGGGAUGCGACCUGGUCGUCGCGUAUCACGGUCCUUGUUGGUGAUCUCGAAAAGGCGAAUUUCGGUAUUGCACCAGAAACAUGGAAUCAACUUGCCGACUCGGUGGAUGUUGUGAUACACAAUGGCGCACUUGUGCAUUGGGUUCUACCCUAUUCGCGGUUGCGUGCGCCUAACGUGCUCAGUACGAUGACUGCUCUAUCUCUCUGUGCUGUUGGCAAGCCCAAGAACUUUGGUCUAGUAAGCUCUACUUCUGUCCUCGACACAGACUACUAUGUCACGCUGUCUGACAAGUCCCUUGCCGAUGGAGGCAACGGUGUACUCGAAUCAGACGACCUCGAAGGCUCACGUAAGGGUCUCGGUACUGGGUACGGACAGAGCAAAUGGGCCGCUGAAUACCUCACUCGUCAAGCUGGAGAGAAGGGCUUGAACGGUGUAGUCAUUCGGCCUGGAUACGUGACUGGCGACCCAAAGACUGGAACUACAAACACAGACGACUUCUUGAUACGUUUACUCAAGGGAUGCAUUCAACUACGUUCGCGGCCCGACAUUGUCAACACAAUCAACAUGGUGCCUGUCAAUCACGUAGCCCGCGUGGUUGUGGCAUCGACACUAUCACCACCUGCAUCACCGCUAGGCGUUGCGCAAAUCACGUCGCAUCCGCGCAUCACCACCAACGCAUUUGUAGGCGCUUUGGAAAAAUACGGCUACACUGUUCCUCAAGUAGACUACCGCACGUGGUCCAAGUCUAUGGAAUCCUACGUAGCUGACGGCUCCAAGAAAGAAGAGCAUGCCCUUCUCCCACUGUACCACUUUGUUACCGGCGACUUGCCUACCGAUACCAAGGCGCCCGAGCUCGACGACCGCAAUGCAACGAAUGCGCUUAAGCAAGACGAGAAGUGGACGAAGCAGGAUUGGAGUCAAGGCGGGGCGGUCACUGAGGAAACAGUGGGCGUGUACGUGAGUUAUCUGAUUGAGCUAGGAUUCAUGCCUAGGCCAGAUGGGAAGGGGCAGAUGGAGCUACCCAAGGCGGGACUAACGGAUGAUAUGAGAGAGGGAAUGAAGAAGGUCGGUGGUAGAAGGGGUGUGUAG